ACUACAUUUACAUGUUUGGCAAUUGAGCCUUUAAAUUGCUGACCUGAGGAUGAUGGGUGGGUGGGUGAAUCUUUUUGAAUAAUUAAACUCGAUUUUAUAUUUUGCCACAGCCAAUCGCCGGCAACCCCUGACGACCCCACGCGUGUUCGUGGCACGGAACUGUGCUGAGUAUAAAGAGCGACUUGGGCUCGUACGCCCCCCCCCUGCCCGCCCCAACUUCACGAGCUUCAAGGACUCUAAAAGGGGGGAGAUGGGGGGUGAACAACAGAGGGUAGGGCGAGAGGCGGCGUCGCGGAGCUCUAAUCAACGACUCUCAUGGAAUAUUGCUCAGUGCAAAAAACCGAGCGCACGGGUUACGCAACUGACGACUCGCCCUCCCGUCGAGAUGCCUCUCGUCGUUGUCACGGGCAGCACGCGGCCUCCGGCAGGAACGACACCGCGGUCUACGCUUCAGCAGGUGGCCUCCAGGCACAGAGGGAGAACGGGCCUUUCCCUGCACGUCGCCACCAUCCUGCUGCUGUCGCUGUGCUGUGCGCAAUCGCUGACCCAGGGCCCCAAGCGGCAAGCGGCGGCUGCGGCCAGACCCCCGGGGGACCUGCCCUCGCCGCGCAAAGAGCGUCUCAACAGCUCGGCGGGACGCGCGCCCAAGGACGAGGUGCUGGCCUCCAGCCAGGACGCCCUCGUGGUGACGGAGCGCCGCUACCUCAAGAGCGACUGGUGCAAGACGCAGCCGCUGCGGCAGACCGUGAGCGAGGAGGGCUGCACGAGCCGCACGGUCAUCAACCGCUUCUGCUACGGCCAGUGCAACUCGUUCUACAUCCCGCGGGGUGCGGGAGGCCCCCUCGGCGUGCACGCCUUCCAGUCGUGCGCCUUCUGCAAGCCCCAGCAGGUCGGCACGUUCGCCGUGUCGCUGGACUGCCCUGGCCGCCAGCCGGCCGUGACGCGCAAGCUGGUGCCGCGCAUCAAGCGGUGCCGCUGCAUGUCCGUAAGCGUCGGAGACUGAGCGCUGUUGCGUUUCGUUUCGCCGCCGCCGCCGCCGCCGCUCGGCCCAGUCUUGCUUGCGAGGGAUGCUGGGAGGAGGCGACGAUGGACUUUCGUGGUUGUUGGGCAGCGGGAGUAGAGGCAGUGGAAUGGCCAGUGUUACGUUUUCUUAAAAAAAAAUAGUCAGCCGUUUUUAUUUCAGUUAAUCAUGGCUGUGAGCGGAUGAAAAUGACUGCAACUGCCCACCGAGAUUUAAAGCGUGGCUGAUUAUUACGAGAAUCUUAACGAAUUCUGAAUGAAAAUAGAGUCUAAGAUGAUUCAGUUAAGUUCUUAGAGACAGCAGUGUACUGAGGAAGAUCAAAAUCAGUAAUUUUCUAUACCUUAAAUGUAUAUACAAGAUGUUACCCAGUUCACCGAUUGGCUGACCUGAUAAUAUUAAGGGAAGGGGGUCAGAUUGCUUGCCCCUUACAUCAACAUUUAGCAACUUAGGAUAGACUAGGCUAAGAUUAUAAUACAAAAAAAAACUGACUAAACGAACACUAGUUUCGGCUGUGUUUUUUGAUGUUCCAAAAUUGCUUCAUGUUCAGGUGAAAGUCACCCAGUUAAAUAUGAAACUUUUUUUCAUUUUACCAGGCAAGGCCCACUGAGCUACAGCUCAACGAAGUGGCUUAUCACGUGGACAUUUAAUGCAGCCAAUAAACGCGCGUUAAUUCUAAAUAUGGAGGGAAUCACUGGAGGACCCGAGGUCAUGUCACAGUCGGAAUCAAACCCGCGACAUGCUGUAUACCAGGCGAGGUAAUUAACAUCUCAUCACCAUGGCGCCCCAGUUGUUGUUGUCUGGAGUAAUAAAAAAGAGAAAUGUUGCCCGCGCGUGCACGGUGGAAGAAUUACCGACGGCCGCGUGUAAACAAUGAACAAGCCUAGGCUAUUUAUCUCGCCUACUCCUGGGGUUUUUUUUUCUUUUAAAGUAUGUUGCUACAAUUAAAACACUUAAACCUGUAAAAUAUCGGAUCAAUAGUGCAUCAAAGAGGGGCAUGCGGUUGGAAUAAUAAACACGACCCUCUUGGGAGUGAUCCCUUCCUUGGACCACUUCAGGUCCGUGCGAUCGGCUCCACUCAACACGACUGCCGAUGAAUACCCCUCCAGGACUUAAUCAUUUCCUAUUGGUUUUCAUCCGAUGGGUAGCGUUCGAGACGUUUUGUCAAGCCAAGGGGUCUUAGUGUGUUGUGUGUCAAAUGCUUAAAACUGAUACGAAAGAGGUUGAAUGAUUGUUUCCGAGGUUCCUUGUGGUCACAGAGGUGGUUCUCAAUCACAAUAUAACCCAAGGUUUUUUGCAAAAUCAAUAAGUAACUCAAAUGUUCAGAUUUUUUUUAAAGCAAAAGUGUGACAUUGGCUAUUUUCCGUGUUUUACCGAACACAGCAGUGAACUUUAAUAAAACAAGUUAAUGCAAUUUCAAAAUAUUAUUUCAUGUAGAACUAACCUAUUCUCCGGAACAUUACGCACCCCCAACUUUUGCUGAAAAAUACUGGGGGGGAGGUGGGAGGAGGAAAUCAAUUAUCUUUUAAUACGUCACAAUAGAAAUAGCUUUAAUUGUGCCAUUAUCGGAUACAUCUGAUUUUGCACGGUAGAUAUGAAAAAAGUAUAUUAUUAAGAAGAAUAAGCAAAGCCUAUUGUGUGUUAAGCAAUGUGCAUUGCAUAUUAUGAGUCUUCAUAUGGCAAUUGGGUUCAGUUCAUUAAUUUAAACCUGGGGGGAAAAAAUAGAUCUGGCCCAGGUUUCUGCAGUCCUCGCACAGGCGAUGCCUUGCAUGAAAAGCGAAAUCCUUUUAAGCGUCCAGUGCAACAGCACUUUAGAGAUUAUUACACCACAUGCAUAUUUAAAAUUGGAUUUAAAAUCGUUUUUACGGCAUUACGUUCAGGUAACUGGAUACGUAAAAUACUGUUGGUCAUAAAGAGACUUUCGUAA